UAAUUUCACUUUACUGGGAGGCAUAACUUUCAGGUUGCAGAGCGGUGAACAGCAAUUGCCAGUGUCUCUUAUGAAUGAGAUACCCGGAGUUCAGGGACCCCCAACCAGGGACGAUGACAACUGACGAGCUGGUUUUCUUUGUGAAUGGCAGAAAGGUGGUGGAGAAAAAUGCAGAUCCAGAAACAACCCUUUUGACCUACCUGAGAAGAAAGUUGGGGCUGAGUGGGACCAAGCUUGGCUGUGGAGAAGGCGGCUGUGGGGCUUGCACGGUGAUGAUCUCUAAGUAUGAUCAUCUCGAGAACAAGAUCGUCCACUUUUCCGUCAAUGCCUGCCUGGCCCCCAUCUGCUCCUUGCACCAUGUUGCCGUGACGACUGUGGAAGGAAUAGGGAGCACCAAGACGAGGCUGCACCCUGUGCAGGAGAGAAUUGCCAAAAGCCAUGGCUCCCAGUGUGGGUUCUGCACCCCUGGCAUCGUCAUGAGCAUGUACACACUACUCCGGAACCAGCCCGACCCCACCAUUGAGGAGAUUGAGAAUGCCUUCCAAGGAAAUCUCUGCCGCUGCACGGGCUACAGGCCCAUCCUCCAGGGCUUCCGGACCUUUGCCAGGGAUGGUGGAUGCUGCGGUGGAGAUGGGAACAAUCCAAACUGCUGUAUGAACUCGAAGAAAGACCAGGUGGUCAGUCUCUCACCAUCUUUGUUCAAACCAGAGGAGUUCAUGCCCCUGGAUUCCACCCAAGAGCCCAUCUUUCCCCCAGAGUUGCUGAGGCUGAAAGACACCCCUCGGAAGCAGCUACGCUUUGAAGGGGAGCGUGUGACAUGGAUACAGGCCUCCACCCUCAAGGAGCUGCUGGACCUCAAAGCUCAGCACCCCAAUGUCAAGCUGGUGGUGGGGAACACGGAGAUUGGCAUCGAGAUGAAGUUUAAGAACAUGCUGUUUCCUCUGAUGGUCUGCCCAGCCUGGAUCCCCGAGCUGAACUCAGUGCAGCAUGGACCCGAGGGCAUUUCCUUUGGGGCUGCUUGCCCUCUGAGCCUUGUGGAAAAGACCCUAGUGGAUGCGGUUGCCAAGCUUCCUUACCAAAAAACAGAGGUGUUCAGAGGAGUCUUGGAGCAGCUGCGCUGGUUUGCUGGGAAGCAGGUCAAAUCUGUGGCGUCCCUUGGAGGGAACAUCAUCACUGCCAGCCCCAUCUCUGACCUCAACCCCGUGUUCAUGGCCAGCAGGGCCAAGCUGACUCUCAUGUCCAAAGACACCAGGAGAACUGUUCCCAUGGACUACACCUUCUUCCCUGGCUACAGAAAGACCCUGCUGGGCCCAGAGGAGAUACUUCUCUCCAUAGAGAUCCCCUACAGCAGGGAGGGUGAGUUUUUCUCAGCUUUCAAGCAGGCCUCCCGGAGAGAAGAUGACAUUGCCAAGGUGACCUGUGGCAUGAGAGUUUUAUUCAAGCCAGGAACCACAGAGGUCGAGGAGCUGGCUCUUUGCUUUGGCGGAAUGGCCGACAGAACCAUCUCAGCAUUGAAGACCACCCGGAAGCAGCUGUGCAAGCUCUGGGCAGAGGAGCUGCUGCAGGAAGUGUGUGCAGGCCUGGCGGAGGAGCUGCACCUGUCCCCCGACGCUCCUGGCGGCAUGGUGGAUUUCCGGCGCACCCUCACCCUCAGCUUCUUUUUCAAGUUCUACCUGACAGUUCUUAAGAAGCUGGGCAAAGAGAACUCAGAAAACAUAUGUGGUCAAUUGGACCCCACCUUUGCCAGUGCCACUGUACUCUUUCAGAAAGACCCCCCAACCAACGUACAGCUAUUCCAAGAGGUGCCCAAGGAUCAGUCUGAGGAGGACAUGGUGGGCCGGCCCCUGCGCCACCUGGCCGCAGACAUGCAGGCCUCCGGUGAGGCUGUGUACUGUGAUGACAUCCCUCGCUAUGAGAAUGAGCUGUCUCUCCGGCUGGUCACUAGCACCCGGGCUCAUGCUAAGAUCAACUCCAUAGAUACUUCAGAAGCUAAGAAGGUGCCAGGGUUUGUUUGCUUCCUCUCAGCUGAUGAUAUUCCUGGGAGUAACCUAACUGGAAUUGCUAGUGAUGAAACCAUCUUUGCAAAGGACAAGGUUACUUGUGUUGGGCACAUCAUUGGUGCUGUGGUUGCUGACACCCCAGAACAUGCACAAAGAGCUGCUCUCGGGGUGAAAAUCACUUACGAAGACCUUCCAGCCAUUAUCACAAUCGAGGAUGCUAUAAAGAACAACUCUUUCUAUGGAUCUGAGCUGAAGAUUGAAAAGGGAAACCUCAAGAAGGGUUUUUCUGAAGCAGAUAAUGUUGUUUCAGGAGAGUUGUACAUCGGUGGCCAAGAACAUUUCUACAUGGAGACUAACUGCACCAUUGCUGUACCAAAAAAUGAGGGUGGGGAGAUGGAGCUCUUUGUGUCUACACAGAACACCAUGAAGACCCAGAGCUUUGUUGCAAGUAUGUUGGGGAUUCCAGCAAACAGGAUUUUGGUCCGAGUGAAGAGAAUGGGAGGAGGCUUUGGCGGGAAGGAGACCCGGAGCACUGUGUUGUCCACGGCAGUGGCCCUGGCUGCACACAAGACAGGCCGCCCUGUGCGCUGCAUGCUGGAUCGCAAUGAGGACAUGCUGAUCACUGGCGGCAGACAUCCCUUCCUGGCCAGAUACAAGGUUGGCUUCAUGAAGACUGGGAAGGUUGUGGCUCUGGAGGUGGAUCACUUCAGCAAUGCGGGGAACACCCUGGAUCUCUCUCAGAGUAUAAUGGAACGAGCUCUAUUCCACAUGGACAACUGCUAUAAAAUCCCCAACAUCCGGGGCACUGGGCGCCUGUGCAAGACCAAUCUUCCCUCCAACACAGCCUUCCGGGGCUUUGGGGCACCACAGGGGAUGCUCAUUGCUGAGAACUGGAUGGGCGAAGUUGCUGUGACCUGUGGGCUACCUGCAGAGGAGGUACGGAAGAUGAACAUGUACAAAGAAGGGGACCUGACACAUUUCAACCAGAAGCUUGAGGGAUUCACCAUUCCCAGGUGCUGGGAUGAAUGCCUAGCAAGCUCUCAGUAUCAUGCUCGGAAGAGUGAGGUUGACAAGUUCAACAGGGAGAAUUGCUGGAAAAAGAGAGGAUUGUCCAUAAUUCCUGUCAAGUUUGGAAUAAGCUUCACACUUCCUUUCCUGAAUCAGGCAGGAGCCCUGAUUCAUGUGUACACUGACGGCUCUGUGCUGCUGACCCAUGGUGGCACUGAGAUGGGCCAAGGCCUACACACCAAAAUGGUACAGGUGGCCAGUAAAGCUCUGAAAAUCCCCACCUCUAAGAUUUACAUCAGUGAGACAAGCACCAAUACUGUGCCCAACACCUCUCCCACGGCCGCAUCCGUCAGCAGUGACAUCAAUGGACAGGCCGUCUAUGCCGCUUGUCAGACCAUUCUGCAGAGGCUGGAACCUUUCAAGACAAAGAAUCCCAGUGGCUCCUGGGAAGACUGGGUCACAGAGGCCUACGUGAAUGCAGUGAGCCUGUCUGCCACUGGGUUUUAUAAGACACCUAACCUUGGCUACAGCUUUGAGACAAACUCUGGGAAUCCCUUCCACUACUUCAGCUAUGGGGUGGCUUGCUCUGAAGUAGAAAUUGACUGCCUAACAGGGGAUCAUAAGAACCUCCGCACAGACAUCGUCAUGGAUGUUGGCUCCAGUCUGAAUCCUGCCAUUGAUAUCGGGCAGGUGGAAGGGGCAUUUGUCCAGGGUCUUGGGCUCUUCACUCUGGAGGAGCUGCACUACUCCCCGGAAGGGAGCCUGCACACCCGUGGCCCCAGCACCUACAAGAUCCCUGCAUUUGGCAGCAUCCCUGUGGAGUUCAGGGUGUCCCUGCUCCGUGACUGCCCCAACAAGAGGGCCAUCUAUGCAUCCAAGGCUGUCGGGGAGCCACCCCUCUUUCUGGCUGCUUCCAUCUUCUUUGCCAUCAAGGAUGCCAUCCGUGCGGCUCGAGCUCAGCACACAGAUAAUAAUGUCAAGGAACUUUUCCAGCUAGACAGCCCUGCCACCCCGGAGAAGAUCCGCAAUGCCUGUGUGGACAAGUUCACCACCCUGUGUGUCACUGGUACAAAAGAAAACUGCAAGCCCUGGUCGCUGAGGGUCUGAAGAGAACGUGUCCAGCAGAGACUUCUUCUGCUGUGCUGGGUCUUCCAUGGAUCGAGAAAGUUGCAGGAUGACAAAGCUCUGAUGAUUCACCAGGAUGGCAUUUGGAAGAAAAAUGAAUGCAUUGGAAGAUUUUGAUCAAAAAUAUGACUUGCAAGCAUAAUGAUAAGCAAAUUUAGAACUGAUAGGCCUAACUGCUGAAUAUGUGUUUAUGGUCAUUUCUUUCUAUUUUAAUCAUGUAUUUGAAGUAGGUUUAGGAUGAGUUCAUGCUGCAUCCUCCCUCACUGGACAGCCUGCAUAGCUAGCUUUAAGUUCUGCUGAUACCUGUCCCUCGAAGAAGAUUCCCACAAAUCCACAGAAGCUUAGACCAAAGAUACUCUAAAUCUGUGUGCCUUCCUCAUAAAGCCUUUUCUUCAAACCAAUAAACAUUAUCUCAUAAGCUCA